GGGGGGGGGGGCGACUCCCUUCUUCCGCUGAGCCGCGAGGAGCGGCGGCGGCGCCGGCGGGCGACGCAGAAGUACCGCACCGCCCACGCGACGCGCGAGCGCAUCCGCGUCGAGGCGUUCAACGUGGCCUUCUGCGAGCUGCGGCGGCUGCUGCCCACGCUGCCUCCGGACAAGAAGCUCUCCAAGAUCGAGAUCCUCAAGCUGGCCAUCUGCUACAUCGCCUACCUCAACCACGUGCUCGACGUCUGACCCGAAGCGCAAGGCGCCGCGGGCGAGGCGCGCUAGCGUGCGCUGCGCGGCUGCCUACCCCGCAGGGGCUCGCUCUCCCCUGUCGCGCGUGCGAGUAAGAAGGCGGGUGCGCGGUGCGUUCUGCGAAGCGAGGGACCGAGAAUACG